UUCAACUGUCAAUCUGCAAACUAUCCGUGUUUCAGCGUGUGUAAAGCUAUUGGGCCCUCGGGUAAAUUGUAUCAAACUAACGCGAAUUACGAUUGAUUCGUAAGCGUAUUCAUCCGCCGUGGAAUUGGAUGGUUACGUUUGUGACAGAACAAUCCAUUGUUCAGCAAAUCAGAACCAAAUUCCGUGGUGCCAGUCCGUCGACGCUGUGUUGCAGAUUGGCAUCUUGUUUCCGUACCUACAAUCAUGGAGAAUUCACAAACCAAGCGUAGCACCAGAUCGGCGGCACCUCCAGCGGUUUCCACCGAGAUGCCAGAACUCAAAGAAGAACCUAUCGAUGACGACAUUUCCCUGGACCACACGCGACAGGCUGCAACAGAAACACAUCAGGAGGGUUUCUUAAGCAGUGGUGCUAGAGAUCCAUUUGUGGAUGAAAUGGAAAUCGGCGAGACCAGCAUUACGUUUUCGAAUGCCUUUCUCGAUGCGUUUGGGAAAGACGUCAAGACUGAACACCCAACUGCAGAAGAGAGUGAUUUAAAUGCUGAAGCCGUUGAGGCAGCUGGUUCUAGUACUGCAAAGAGAAAAAACUGUGACGACGAAGAAUCAGGAGAGGACUCAAGCAGCGUAACGAAAAGGCUGCCAAAUUCUACACAUAGAAAGCAGUACUUGAAACAAGUAACAUGGAUGCAUUUUGAACAAACUGCUGGAGGAGGAAUUUGUCGGUACUGUCGAAAGAUGAUAAAAAUGAAUCGCGGCUCAACGUGGAACCUAGCGCGCCAUAUGAGAUCGUUUCAUGCAGGGAUUAAAUUCCCCAUUGCAACUGGCGAGGAUGCAACAUCACCACGAUCACCAACACCUACGAAUGUAUCUGUUGUCACUUCGGACCAGAAUGGUCAACCGUCACAUGCUGAUUUUGCUGGACCGCAAUCCACAUUUAACUCAAACAACUUGGACCGGCUGUUGAUGCUUGCGUUAAUUAAAGACUGCAAUCCUUUUACCAUGAUCGAAGGAAAUUACUUCCGGGUUUUCGUUAGUAAGCUAAACGCGCAGUACAAAAUGCCGUCAACGAAAUAUCUUACCAAUGAGUUGCUUCCCCGGGUUUACAACGAAACUGUUGAAAGCGUUUUAUUCAAAUUAAACAAGGCGGAAACAAUCUCGCUAACGAUAGAAGGAUGGACAAACUCAAACAAUACGAAUUUGAAGGCUAUAACUGCGCACUUCUUACAAGAAGGAUGUAAGCCGACGUCACAUCUUUUAGAAUGCUUAGCGUUUAAGGAGUCUACUGCUGAUGAGGAUAUAGUAGAAUGGAUUAAAAAAGUAAUAAAUAAAUUCGCCCUGAGAGGCAAAGUCGUCAGUCUGACAAGUAACCAUGUGAGCGACAUGAAAUCUGCAUGCUUGAAACUAGGUCUGCAGCAUUAUUACUGUUUCGCACACGGUCUCGAUACAGUAGUGCAAAACGCCAUUACCGAUAGCAUAAUGCAAACGUACGAGAAAGUAAAACAAAUUAUUCUAGAUAUCAGACAAAGUGACGUUGCAACAAAAACUCUGCUAGAAAUGCAAGAUAGUUUGAAUCUGAAGGAUACGAAACUGAAGUGCUACAAUUCGAACGAUUGGAAUUCAACAUAUGAUAUGUUAUAUCGAUUUUGGCAAAACAAAAUUCCUGUCCUUGUAUGCAUGAACUCGUUGCAGGUUGUAACUACCAACAUACAGCCUAACGACUGGAGUACCGUUGAACACUCCGUGCAAGUUCUAGGCUAUUUUGAUGAAGCCGUCAAACAUGUAUCGUCUGAUAGCUUAGUUACGCUUUCCAAAAUGGGACUUAUUGUAAGGUUACUGCAGCAAAAAGUGAUCGAGUUUCAAAGAGGCACAACAAACUUAAAGCCAGAUAUGCAGGAUAUGGUUUCGCGAUUGAUCAGCGGAAUUUCCGCUGGAUUAGAGCCGUUGAAAAAUGACCAGCAUGUGUUGCAGGCCAUGAUUUUAGAUCCAAGAAUAAAGCAACAGGGUCUGGAUAAGGAAAAGGAAAACUUUCAGUCAGCUUCCGAAGCGAUCAUCAAAGCCAUUUCGCCCAUGUACAUGUACCAUGAGCUUCCCUCGCCAAAGGUUCAACAACAGAGCUCAGUGCCAACAAAUUCAAUCUUCUUCAGCUUUGUAAGUAGCUUACCGCAAGCUGAAGCAUUGAACAGUCCGAAAGCAGCUGCCAAAGCAGAACUAGAUCGAUAUCUUAAGGCAGAUAUACUAGCUUUGGAUCAGGAUCCAUUGCUGUGGUGGCACAAGGAAAAAAAUAACUACCCCAAGUUGUACGAUCUCGUGCAGAAACGAUUCUGUAUUGCAGCGACAGCAGUACCCUGCGAUCGAAUGUAUACCAAAGCAGGCCGAUUGUACCGAGAAAAACGCUGCAAAUUGGGUGUCAAGAAUGUACACGAGUUUUUGUUCAUUCAGCAAAACUAUGACAACGCAAAGUUGGAAGACUUUUGAUAGCCUAUGUUAUUAUUUAAGACUUGAAUUUGACGUAAGAAUUCGAGAUGUACUUAUUGCUAAGUAUAAAAUAAUUAUGAUGAUAACUAAAACUAACUCCUUCGUUAAAUGCACAAUAUAGAGUUUUGAUAAAUUCGCAAACAUCCGCAAAGUUCCUGUAUUAAAUAAUUAUUCUACGAUGGAAUUUCCGAGCAACGAAAUGAUUGGUGGUAUUGAAACUUCGUAGUCUUAGUAUGGAUUUUAUUGCUUUUUUAUAGUGACUUUUAGUCGAUUGGCCUCAAUCACCUUUUUAGUUCAAUGCAAUAAUUGCAAAGCCAUUUGUAGCAUACAAUUAUCUUAUAUCGGCUAGUCUCGGUUUACUUACAGCUAUCCGUUGAUUUUAUUAAAUAAAUGUGUCUGAUUUACAUAUGGUUUUGGUUGAAGUUCUUUAUGAAAGUUAGUAAUAAUUUAAAAUUUUUUAAAGCAUUCGCUAGCAAUCCUUGCCUGUUGAGAGUAUAGUGCCCAUGCUCCUCAAUGGUCCAGUUUGCAGGCGAUGCGUUCCGUAGUAUAUCCAUAACAUUCGGUUAAGCUGUGGCGGACCGUGAUAUCAACGCCACAAAAACUGCAUAGUGGAUUUUAGCAAUUAGAAGAUGUGAGUGAGCCGGGUGUGUCACUUCUGAUGUCGUGAUAGCACUCUCUGGUCUUGGUGUGAUUGAUGGUCUCUCCAUGGUGAUAUUAUGGUCUUGAUGGAAACAGCGGCCGUAUAACCGUUCCAACUAUUGGUGGUGAUGGAUUUGCUAAGGGGAAUGAAACCUCUUUUCCUUUUGCUUAUCCUUUUCCAUCGGCCUCUUUGUAGGUCUUGGCCUGCCUAAUUCCUAUUGGUAGCAUAUCAUAAUCUUGUUUUGUUGAGGUAUAGCUGGAUUAAACGAAUUGGAGCUGGUCGCUCAAUUCAACGUCUAUAACUAUAUGAGUAGCAAAUACUUGAUUUCAUAUGUAAUUUCAAUUUAAUUUAGACAACUAAUCGUGCAAAAAUAAAAGAAAAUCCGUAAGACGCUAACGGUGAUUUCAUC